AUGACAAUGGCCGUCCAGCCUGCGGAGUUCACUUCCGCGUCCGACUCGGCGACGCCCUCCUCGAGCGCUCGAUAUACCCCCGUUUCGGACAGAACAGAUGACGGGCCCUCCUAUUCGCACUCGAGGCGCCCAGAAAAGGGAUCCCUGAGGGUGCAGACUGAUUUUGGGAGCGCCGAUAACACGGAUAUCAGUGAGAUAUUCUCCGACGGGGAUGAGAGCUAUAAUGGGUACAAUUCUGGGCCGGAAAUUCGAGAAAACAAGCCGCCUAGGACGGGGUCUUCAUUGGAAUACUCGGCUGCAGAAGAGUCGGAGGUGGUGAAAAAGUUCGAUCGCAAACUCGUGCCAUUUCUGGCGCUCUUGUAUUUACUCUCUUUUCUGGAUCGCUCAAACAUUGGAAACGCGAAGAUCGCUGGUCUCACAAACGAUUUGGAUAUACCAUCUUGGAAAUAUGAAUGGUUGCUUACCGCAUUCUAUAUAACAUACGUCCUUUUCGAGUGGAUGACAUUGAUGUACCGCCUCGUUCCGCCGCAUAUUUACGUCUCGCUGUGCGUAUGCGGCUGGGGCCUUGUGGCAUCUUUCCAGUCCCUCGCGACUUCGUUCUGGGGCAUGCUAAUUCUAAGGAUAUUGCUUGGAGCUACGGAGGCCGCGUUCGGUCCCGGUGUCCCUUUCUACUUAUCCUUAUUCUACAAGCGCGAGGAGCUCGCCUUUCGGAUUGCUUUGUUUAUUUCCGCAGCUCCCUUGGCUACUUCCUUUGCCAGCACCCUGGCGUGGGUUAUUGUCAAGCUCAGUCAUGAUGGGCCAAUAGCACCAUGGCGAACUCUAUUUCUGGUAGAAGGAUUUCCGAGUGUCGUGGUUGCUGUGUUUGCUUGGGCAUUGAUUCCUGAUUCGCCUGAGAAGGCCCAUUUCCUUGCUUCUCGAGAGAGGAUGGUAGCCGAGUUACGACUGCAGCGUAACCGUAAAACAGGAGCUUAUCAAGAUUCGCAGAAAGGGAAAUUCAAUUGGCAAGAGGUUAAGAAAACACUGGCGGACCCCAAGGCGUACAUUACAGCCUUCAUGUUCUUCAGCUGCAAUAUCGCGUUUAGUUCCAUGCCAGUCUUCUUGCCUACUAUCAUUCAGGAUAUGGGAUACUCGUCCCUUGCCUCUCAGGCAUUGUCAGCACCUCCGUUCCUCGUCGCAUUCGUCGUGGUGCUGGUCACCACAUACUUCUCAGACCGCAAUCGCACCCGUAGUCCAUACAUAAUCACUCACGCUCUCCUCUCCUUCACAUCCUACCUAGCAAUCGCAGCAACGGGUCACUUCCACACCCACUUAUCUACCAAAACCCACGUCGUCAUCCGCUAUCUCUGCGUCUAUCCAGCUACGUCCGGCUUCUUUUCCGCCAUAUCCUUAAUCCUCGCCUGGACGAUGGACAACCGCGUCGCCAACGAAGGAAAGGGUACUAGCGUCGCGAUUCUAAACAUUAUUGGCCAAUGUGGUCCGCUUCUGGGAACGAGGUUGUAUCCCGAGAGUGAUGGACCAUGGUACAUACGGGGCAUGGCGGUUUGCUCGUUUUUCAUGCUGCUGGUUGCUGUCCUGGCGUUUGCGCUACGGACUAUCUUGCGGCGGGCUAAUCGAGCAGGGAGUGGAGAUGGCAUGGAUAUUGAGAUGGAGACUCAUGGUGAGGAACGCGAGAUUCUAAUGGGCGAUCAUGGGGUGGACCACGUACAAGAGGAAAAAUUCACUUAUCUUCUAUAA